UCCCUCUCAGCCGGACUCCAUCCGCAGUCCCUGUAUCCUUACCCCCGUCUUCCCCACUCAGCCCAUCCUCGAUCCUUGUCAUUUUGCUCCAUCGCACCAUCAUGCCUCGCUCAAGACGCCGAUAUAUCAGACUCGAAGUCAUCAACGGAAAGGAUAUUCGAGUCCCCUCCUGGCGCAUGCCCGCUGGCAUCUACAUAUCCAUCAAUGUCAACUCUUGGAGACACUGGAAAUCGACUAUCAGUGUCUUAUCAUCUGAUGAAUCCGUAGCGUGGGGGAAUACUGUAAUCCUAUCAUCACAUGCAUCACCUACCUUAUCAAUGGAGAUCAGGGCCUCCUAUGAGCUUGGUCGAAUGCUAGGCGGUGGGGAGGUCAUCGGGAAACUUCAAAUCUCAUGGGAUGAGCUACUCGAUUACGGAGACGAGCCAUUCGAUAUAUACUUCCCUCCCGUGCACGGUGUCCAUCCUUCCCUCACGCUGAAGGUCGCCAUUGUACAUGCUUGUGACAAUCAAAACGGUGCACUGUCUGGUUCCCUCGUAGAAACCAAGAUUGUACGAGACACAGAUGCGGGCCACGCACAUCUUGCCAAAUACGUGACGACCAACGCAGUUUCUCACCUGAAUCAUGCUAUGCAGCGUUUUCAGUUGGUUCUGGACCAGUGUCCGGUCAGCCAUCCAGAUCAUGCAACGGCUCUCGCCAACCUUGCGUAUGCGCGCCUUGCAGGCUAUAUCAGAAACCAUCUUCAAGACAUUGAUACCACUACUUCCCGCUUCCGCGAAGCUCUUGUAUUGCAUCCGCAGCGCCAUCCCGAUCAUCCCUUAUUUCUAUAUAAUCUCACCAGAGCGCUGAUAUGGCGCCACAACAAGAAAAGUACUGCUGCAGACAUCCGCGAAGCCGCGCAACUCUUUCAUGAACUACUGCCUCUCUGUCCCGAGGGCACCUACCUUCGUAGGAUCGUGAUCGACGUAUGCAACGAUCUUCCAAUAGAUGCAUCCGAUGAAGGCAUCCACCUUCGAAGAGUCGUCCUCGAGCUCUGUCCUCUGGGCCAUCAACUUCGUCCUCGAGCUCUUCACACACUUUCAUGGGCUCUCAGCUUACGCUUUGACCAGCACGGCAGCAUCGAUGAUCUUGACACGGGCAUACAACUUCGUCGUGAAGCCGUAUCUCUGUGCCCCGAGGGACAUGCUGGCCGUGAUGACUACUUGUACAACUUGGCCUUAUCACUCGUGUCCCGCUUCAAUCACCAAGGGAAACCUGAUGAUAUCGACGAGGCCAUCUCUUUGCAUGAAGAAGCGCUGCGCCUGUGCCCUGUUGGGUACAAAUAUCAUGAUUACUCAUUAGACGGCCUAGGGGACGCCCUUACCACCCGUUUCCACAGAUGCGGCGACAUUGAUGACAUCACCCGAGCUGUCAGCCUCCGUCGUGAGGCACUGAUAUUUCACCCACCUGGGCAUCCACGUCGUGGCACCACGCUUAGCAACCUUGCCUCCACGCUCGACACCAGAUAUAUAAAAUUGCAUGUCAGCGAGGAUCUUAAUGAGGCAAUUGAUCUGUAUCGUGAAUCCCUUCAGUUAACACGGCUUGACGAUCCAGAGCGCCAUGCAACUCUUCACAAUUUGAGCUCGGUGCUCUGCUAUCGUUUCACGCAAACUCAGGAGAAUGAAGAUGUCGAGGAGGCCAUUGCUCUUUGCCAAGAAUCAUUGGCGGCUCUGCCUUCACUGCACCCAAACAGGUUUUUCAGCUACAUUUGGCUGCAGAUGGCCUAUUUGUCUCGUUACCGGAUUCUACAAGACCCUGCUGAUUUGUCGCUCGCAGUGGAGAACUUCAGACUGGCAUCGCAGCAUCCCACUCAAGGAUUCCCAGAACGCAUCAUUCAGGCAUAUUAUUGGACCGAUGCAGCGGAGGAGUAUGGUCAUGAAUCCGCACUAGAGGCCUACUCGACAUUUUUUGAGCUUCUGGAUGCUCAUUUGGCAACACGAUCGUCGGUAACUUCACGGCGCGAAGCUGCCGCUUCCUUCUAUUACGCUAGAACACUCCCCGUAGAUGCAGCCUCAUGUGCCAUACGCCGUGACAAUCUACAACACGCAGUGGAACUCGUAGAGCAGGGCCGUGGCCAGCAGUGGUCGCUGGCCUCUCGACUCAAAACUCCAGUUGAAGACCUUGAAUCAGUAAAUCCGACACUGGCACACGAUUAUUUGGAGCUGAGCAAGCGCGUUUCCAAUGCCGCUCAGAGUUCUGCCAGCAUCACCGACAGAGCUGCUGCUGAUCGGGCAGCAACAGAAUAUAGGAGACUUACAGAGCAGUGGGCAGCUGCGGUAGCUGAGAUACGUGAUCUUCAGGCGUUCUCGCGGUUCCUGCUCCCACCUUCUUACGAAUAUCUGCAAGCAGCGGCGCGCCAGGGCCCGGUCAUCGUCCUCAUUGCGAGUCAAUACUCAUGCGGCGCCAUCAUCGUCCCGACAACAGGAGAUCCCCAUCACGUUCCCUUUCCGUCUGUCACUCUCGCAGAUCUCAACAAUCUCAAAGAUCGCUUCACCAGGGCAAUACGACAAGCAUCCCGGAUGAACCCAGCGGAGUCGAGGACGGAUCUAAUAGUACUCUCACGCAUAAUAUGGGACGAGAUCAUGCUACCCAUUGUCAACGUACUCGAGCAUGUCCUCAAACUAAAGCGCCGCUCUCGAAUCUGGCUGUGUCCAACUGCAGCUUUCACGUCCAUUCCUCUCCACGCAGCUAAUCCCUUCCUAACAAAGGCAGAUCGCUCUGGGAAGGAGCCAUGCCUAGAAGACCUCUACAUCUGCUCUUACACGCCGACACUUUCGGCUUUGGUCAGAUCCAGACAGUUGAUGAAGAAGCGUGUGCCUCCGUCCUUCGUAGCAAUCGGACAAGCUCAACCGGGUACAGGGAAAGGCAAGGCUCUCUUGGCUGUCGACAGCGAGCUCGAGCUUGUCCAUAAAGUCGUCCCUGCAACGGCCAACCGCACCACUAUUUCUGGGGACGCAGCCACACGAGCAGGUGCACUUGAAGCUUUGCAGCAGAACACCUGGGUGCAUCUUGCUUGUCAUGGCAAGCAGGACCGUACACAGCCUUACGAUUCGCAUUUCGUCAUGAGAGAUGAACAUCUGACGUUGCUCGAUAUUAUGGAGAGAGAUAUUCCGCACGCCGAGUUCGCGUUCUUAUCAGCAUGUCAUACCGCUGUCGGCGAUGAGGAGACGCCCGACGAAGUGAUUCACCUCGCAGCUGGUCUCCAGUUCUCAGGGUUCAAGAGCGUCAUUGGCACGCUGUGGGAGGUCGACGAUUCUGUCGCAAAACACGUGGUUGAAGCUUUCUACAAAUAUAUGUUCAAUAUGAAGGAGGACGGUGUCAUGGACUGUACGAAGGCGGCUUGGGCACUCAACUGUGCUACGCACGCUGUGAAGACGAAAGUGCCUCUCGAGCAGAGGAUGGUUUUCAUUCAUAUUGGUGUGUAGUUCUACGUCGGAUCGUUGUCAUCUGGUACAUUUCCACUAGUUGUUGGUC